UACAGUUCCUAUAGAAUGAAGACAACACUUGUGCUGUGUGCUGUGUUCAUCACUUCCGCCUUAUCGCAAGAUGGAGACAAUGCAGAGGAGAUUGGCAACCAUUUCGAGGGGGACAUGAUCCUUAAUCCCGAGCAAGUAAUGGCCACAAAUGAUGAAUUACGAAAUGUUAUGAUUAAAUCGAAAUACAGAUGGCCUCACAAUACCGUCCGCUAUCGAAUAGACAUCGAAAAAUUUGGUCCUUCGCAACUCGAGUAUAUUCGCAAAGCUAUGGACACGAUCGAGUCAGUCUCUUGCAUUAAAUUUGUGGAAGCCGGUCAGAUGGCGAAAAAUUAUGUUAAAAUAGGCUUUGAGAAGCCAGGAUGUUUUGCGACUAUAGGGUAUCAAGGAAAACCGCAAACGUUGAAUCUAACUCCGACCAGACUGGAAUCUGGGUGCUUUCGAUUAGGUACCAUCAUGCACGAGCUGCUGCAUACGUUGGGAUUCUACCAUCAGCAAAGCGCUACAAAUCGCGAUCAAUACGUGAAAAUUUUGUGGAAAAAUAUCGAACCCGAGCAGAAACACAACUUCAAGAAGUACUCGUACGAUAAAGUGACUGACUUCAACAUUAAGUACGACUACGGUAGCAUUAUGCAUUAUGUUAGGAAGGCUUUCUCUAUGAAUGGAGAACCUACGAUCAUACCAAAAGUACCGAACGUGUUUAUCGGACAGCGCCUUAAACUAAGCGAAGGGGAUAUUAUGAAGCUUAAUCGAUUGUACGGAUGCAGGAAAAAUAAUCUUGGCUAGUUAAUAGAACUAAACUUUGAUUCAAUUACUGUA